AUUUUGCGUUUUGAACAGUUGCAAAAACUUGUUGAAGUACUUUCUUCUCGAAACCAAAAAUUUCCUUACGCGAGUUACGUUAGAAACUUGCAUAUUAUUGCUAGAACGCGUAGAACUCCUUCCAAAACUCGAUCACUCGAACUGAAAACGCUACUGUAUCAACUCAUUAGUAUAGACACUUCCUGGAAUCUAUUAACGUUCACCCUUGAUCUUGAUUUUCGUGAUUGUCAAGAAAUUUCGUCACGGACUGACUUUUUUGCAAAAAUUGGACACAGUCUGGAACGAGUAUCGUUGCAUGGAUCUUCACCAUUUUGUAGUGAUGCUUUGUCAUUCUCUGUUGGUGAAUACUGCACCAACUUAAAAGAAAUAAAACUUGAAUCGAGAUAUUUUCAUGGAUAUGGUAUUGCGCACAUUGCUGAAAGAUGCGCUCUUACCGAUCUAACAAUAUGGUGUCGGCAAGUGACAAGUUCCGUGAUAAUUUCUAUUCUCAAGGGUCGAUGUAGCAAGACUUUACAAUUUUUAUCGAUAAAGAACUGUGACUUGGACGACAAACCAUUGUUAAAAAAUAUUCCGCCUUCAGAUUACGAACAAGGAAAUGAUAACCCUGUGACUCCAUUGCUUCCAAGUUUGAAGUCACUCGCUUUCAUACAAUUGUACGAGUUCCCUUCUGGUAACAUAUUAACAUCUGCCGGAUUUUUACGAUUAAUAGAAUGUUUUCCUAAUCUAAUCGAGUUAGAGCUAGUGGCCUCUGAUGACUCGUCAAUCGUAAACGACGCAUCAAUCAAUAAUAUCAUUCACAAACUGAGGAAAUUAGAGGGUUUUAUCAUUAUAAAUCCUUUUACUGAUAAGUUGCCAUUUCACCACUUGGGUCAUUUCAAUGUGACAGUUGAAGGAUUGUUGACGGCCAUAAAAGACCGUCCCGAAGUGAGACUAAGGGUCGGGGCAUUUGAUAGUGGAUGUCAUUAA